UGCCUGUAUACUUUUCGAGGUCCUAUUUCUUCACUGAGAAGGCGCUAAUCCGCGACGAUAGCACUCCCUUCUUUUCAUGAAGGUAUCACCGGUGGUCUUGAUUUGCUAGAAAGGAUCCAGUAUAUCAUUGUAUACAUAGAUUCGAGCCCCGAGUUCCUCGAGGGUGUUUAUACCAGCGUCAUGGCGAGACCUUUGAAUUGAGGUUCUUUAGGCCAAGUGAGCACAGAGAUAUCACGAGUGAUGUACGAAGCAGCAGCUGAAGAGUGGAAAAACGUUACUUCGAGCAACGUGGUUUACGCUCUUUGUCCUCGUCCUCUUUACUGCCCACGCUUCAAGCAGUGGUAUGUACUCUCCCUCCCGGAACUCGCCGACACCCCCCGGGCCUGCACGGCACAGAAUACUUCCUAGUGAUACGAGAAACGCGAGUCACUUAUGGUUCCGGAACCAGAUAGUCGGGCUUGAGUGGAUGAUUCGGGAAUCAAAGCUUGACUUUGACCUAGCACAGCCUUUCGAAGAUAAUAGUUCGGAGCAUGCCUUUCCCUGGCCAAUACAGAGAAUCUUCUAACACUAAUUCUCAUACGACUUCUUCGUCGUCGUGUCCUGUAUCGCGGUAGUAAUCGUCAUCGU